UCCCCUCUGGCCAGACCUGCAGCCCGUGCUGUGCGUGGGGCAUUCUCAAGUUUGAGGGGCAGCAGUUGGGCAAGAGCCUGACCCACUGAAGGAGAAUCUGCUGAAAAGUGAGCUGGAGGACAACGAGGAGAGAUGAGCAUUUCCUCGGAGCACAAGCCCAUCGGGAAGCAGGUCACUGGCAGCCAGCAUAUGUUGCCACCAAUCGUGGAGCUGAACGUCGGCGGGGAGAUGUACACGACAACGCUGAGCACUUUGAAGAAACACCCCGGUUCCAAGCUGGCAGAGAUGUUCACCGGCCAGCACAAACUCAGGACAGACUCCAAAGGGAGGAUCUUCAUUGACAGGCCAGGGACCUACUUCAAAUAUAUCUUGGAAUAUCUGCGUAGUAACCAGGUGCCCACCCAGUGCAUCCAGGAUGUCUACAAGGAAGCUUUGUUCUACGACAUUGAACCCUUAAUCAAGCAGCUGGAGGACUCCCCUCAGAUUUUUGGGGAACGUGUGGCAAGGAAGCAGUUCCUGGCCCGUGUGCCCAGCUACAGUGAGAACGUGGAGCUGAUGAUCCGCAUCGCACGGGCUGAAGCGGUCGCGUCCCGCUACUCCAGCGUCAUCAUAUGUGUUGUCAAAACGGAGGAAGACGUGGCCAGGUGUCAGGAUGCCUUGAACAGCUUGGAUAUGGAUAAAAAAUCCGUGGUGAAAUUUGGCCCCUGGAAGGCAGCUCCAACUAUUUAUGAUUUACUGGACUGCAUUCAAAUGGACGUGAAAGACAAAGGGUACGAAAUCUCCUUACAUGCUCAUGGUGCUGAAAAAGGGUUUCGCUUCAAAUCCCAGGAUUUCUUCCACAUAAUCCGGUUCACCUGGUGGUAGCAAAGUGCCUUUGUUGAUGGAGAGUUGAAGAAACCAGUUAUCAAAACAAAUGAACUUGGGCUGUGGAGACUAAGCCCUGGACUACUGGAGGGACAGGAAGAAACGCGUGGGCCCAUAAAAGUCUCUUCUUUGGUGGUUUGCCAAAUUAAAGAACAUUUGAGAGCCACUGUUUUGUUGGGCAUUAACGGUUAAGUGUACAAUUUUCAAGGUAUGUGUUUUGAACUGGGAGCCAGACCUGAAGUUGAGCAAACUGCACUCAACCUAAGAGAAAUGAGUAUGUCCAAAUGUGUCUUGUGGACAUGGGAAGUUGGUCUCUCAAUAGAAGCUGGAACAAAUUACUACCUCAGAGUCCAGAGUUGCUAGUAGGGUUAGGAGUAGCACGUGGACAGGUCUCCCACUCUGCCUUAUUUUGAGUCAUAAAUACUGAGAGCUACAGAGCACAUUCACCCUAACCUGCUGUCCUCAGAGCCUUCUCCUCAUGGUGAAUACUCCUCAUAAGUUAGGAUCUGCUGUAUGGAGUGCAGCAGUCUGGUCCACAGAUUUAUUCUAGGUAAAGACAGACAAUGGUCUGUCCAUAAAGCACACAGACUAACCUUUAAAUGCUAGCUCACAGCUGCAAUGUUGAAAAAAAAACCAUCUUUGAAAAGCAACAGAUCAGAUUUUGAACUAUUGUUGAGAGAAACGAGGGGAAUACAUAAAAGCUUUCUUCUGAUUAAUGCUUCACUUAUGUUUCUCAUGUAUUGCCAGGCAUGACCUCUCUGAUGAAAAAAAAUUGCAUCUGCACCAUUUCAAGUGGAAUCCCUGAAAGCUGUGUAAAUACUUGCUCAACUUAGAUUUGGAUCUUUAAUGAUCUUACGAUUAUAUCUUUUAUGGGCCCCUUCGAACUGGGGAUUCUACAAUUUUAUGAAGAAGAGGUAAAAAUCACUGAUGAAAUGUAACCUAAAGAACCAUGCUUCUCUCUCAUGUCACCCUAUUUCAACCUUUCGUCUUGUGCCAUUCACUGUUAUCACAACACUAUUUUUAAAUGUAUAAGUUUAGGGAAACCCCCCUGUGAUUUGACUGGAAGGAAAUGCUACUGAAGUGAAAGCCUGGGGCCCAGAGGCGAUUCUUAACAGAACAUGAGUUGGUUCCUACACUGUGUUUAAAAAAUCUGAGCAUUCCAAAGUUGGUAUUUUGUUUGUUUGUCUUGUACGUUUUUUACUGGAGACAGCCAUUAAGAUCGUUUUAAUAAC